AUGGUUGCGUUCAUCGCAGCCUUCCUGCUACGAGCUAUUGACAGCGUGGUUUCCUGCCCCAUCAUUGCCGCGGUAUUGGACAAGUGCACUUUCCCUUCGAUCGAACAACUCGGGCGGCGGUAGCCACUGGCCGUUCUUGUAGGAUAGCAGGUUUAGGAACCUGUCGUCAGAGGGUGGUGCAAACUUUGCUAUUGUUGAAGGACGGCACACGCUUGAUAGAAUGGCGGACCACGAGGACUUUUAGGUCUUGCUAUAAUUGGGGGGGUUGUUCGCGAAGGAGUUUGUUCGACGGAGCAGCCGAGUACAGUGGUGGGAGCCGCUCAGUUUUGCUCCGUGACAUAUGUUUCCAUACCCCCUACAAUUGUAGUCGCUCGGCGUGAUAAGUAUUUACUGCACACAUGCAUACAACACACGCGUGUCUCCUUCUCAUCCAGAAACACAAGUCUCAUGUCUGGCCUGCCUGCUAUUAUGUGAUCCCUGUUGGGGCGUCCAACGGCGUUCUGAGUGGUGAAAAAUGGACGUCUGGAGUACACAAGAUGACAACACACACAAACUUGUGCACGGAGUAGAACCGCUCCGCGGGGCGUUGUUUUCUUUACCCUUUUGGGUCUACAGGCGUCCUGAAUGAUCAUUGAUUGAUCACUUGCAAAUGAUGGUGUGGUGGCAUGCCAUGGAGUUGUUGCCCUGUAUUCCUCCACGCCAGGUGUUGGCAAGUCAAUAGGUAGGUGUGUCUUUAUUAUUUGCAUCGACCGCGCUACCCGGUGACCAAUAC